AUGGUCGCGGAAAACAUUGGAAUGUCGCGUUGGAGCAUAUGUAUAACAUUCGCUGAAUUGACAGUUCUUCAUCCAAACCUUGCCUAUCCAUAUGCAUUCGUGUACAUCCGGCAAAUUGCAAUCCAUCUCAGAAAUGCUAUCAUUUCGAAGAAGCGGAAGGAUAUGGUCCGUACGAUUUACAAUUGGCAAAUGAUGCAAUGUCUUUACCUGUGGACUAGAGUAGUAUCAAAAGCCCACGGCGUGCAUGAUUGUGAAGCCAUUUGUGAACUGUCUUAUCCACUUACUCAACUUGUGCAUGGAGUACUUAAGUUAUAUCACUCUCUUCGGUAUCUGCCUCUGCGAUUACAUUGUAUCUCUUUACUUAUUCAAUUGCAAGCUAACUGUGGAGUUUACAUCCCUUCACUUACCCUUGCUGUUGAGCUUCUCAGUGAUGUUGUGCUGAUCUUGGCAAAGAAACCGAAAACUAUCAAAAAUGCCAAGGUUGUCGACAUGGAGUCCUCACUCAAGGCAAGUUUUACGAUCUUCACCAAGUGA